AUGACGAUAGAAAAUUGUAUGGACUCUCAACCUAUUCAAGAGACAGGAAAUAACACAGAAAGAGAUGAAAUAAUAAGAUGUUUAACUCAAAACAGCCAAAUAUGCUUCAAAAGUCAACAAAUGUGGGAAGCAGACCUCACUGAAGAAGAAAAAUUUCAAAUAGGUCUAGAUCUAUUUAUAAAAAACAAACUACAGUUUUUAAUAAAGUUUGGUAAAUACUUAAAGUAUGAUCAAUUAGACUAUUUUCGAACACUUAUUGAAACAGAACCUAAUGAAGAGAUUAAUAUAUUAAUUAAUGAUUUACAAAAAGAAAAUUGUGAUGCAUAUAACAUUGUUGUUAAAAAUCGAAGAUAUCAAGCCAUGAUGCAAAUGAUUCAAGAAAAUUCAUAUUUUUCUGAAACGGAAAUGAUGAAAAGGAAUCCCCUCUUAUAUAAUCAGUUAGUGGGGCAGUAUUUAACAGCAGAUGAAGUAGAAGAAAGGGAUAGAUUUGCAAACAACGAUUCUAGUUUAGUAAAAAUACUUAUGGAAGGUAUAGAGAGAGAUAAAGCAGAAGAAGUAAGGAAACGACAUGAAGAAAUUGAAAACAUGCAAAUGGAAGCGGAAGAUGAAGACACUUCUAAACCUAAACAACAACCUACCUCACACUGGGGAGAAAUUGGGGAAACUAGAAUUCAACAAAAAGCCUUCUCUUCUAAAGGAAGAAAGAAAGUAACUAAAAUAACACCAGAGGAACAAAUAUUACUUAAAGAAGAGUUCAUUACAACCAUGUAUAAUUCUUUCUUAGAUGGUAAAGAUGAAGAUUUUGAAUAUGAAAGCAUUGAUAACAACACUAGUUAUGAUAAUAUCGAAGAAAUAGAAAAUAAUGAGGAAGAGAAAUAUUUUGAUUCUGAACCGGAAAAAAUUGGAAAUGUUUAUAUAGAAGAUGAGACUUCUGAUGAUGAGUUAGAUAUAUUUAUGAAGACAUUGAAAUAG